CUCCUCUCUUCUUCGCUUCUUCACUUCUGCCAACCAACCACAACAGAGCACGUUCCAACGUCCACGCCAUCAUCACAUCCACCACCAUCCAUCCACCAUGACGAGCGAGUUGUUGGCGACGCUGGAGGCCAACGUGUGCGAGUUGGCUAACCUGUGCAGUGCCGAGAGCGAGCAGGCGUUGGUUGAGCGGCUGCAUGCACAAUGGCGCGCCGAUCGGGACAAGGAGAUGCUGCGUUUGCAGCGCGACAACGCCAAGCUGCGCGCCCAGAUCCAGGCCAUGUGGCAGGAACAGCAACAACAGCAACAACAGCAACAGCGAUCACACAAUGAGCACGACGGUGACGGCACGGCGGGAGACAGCGUGCAGCAGGGACACGCGGAAGAACAACCUCGCACACAUCAAGGGCACCAGCGACGAGGCCCGAAACAGGAAUGGCAACCAGCGGCGACCACACGUGGGAACAACGGGGGCGAGGUGGCGACGUUACGUCGCCAGGUUGACGAGCUAAAGGCAGCGCUUGCCAAGAAGGACGAAGGGCUGCGAAAGCUUGCUCAAAGGAAUCAAGAGCUGCAGCGCUUGGUGGAUGCGUCUGAUCUCCUGGACAUGGCCGCACCCUUCUAAUGCCCGUGCAAGUGCCAACCUCCUUGCUCCCUCCUCGGUUACCUUAACCUGCCCCCUUUGCUGCUUCUAACCUGUUCUACUCUAUCCUAACGUGUAAGCAAGAAGAAGAUAAGAUGAUGACGAUUGAUGAACGCUCGUGACCAAGGAAGAGGG